CGCUCUCUCAGUACCGCGCGGGACAGUGUCGCGGGAUCGUGCUUCCGAUCGAUCCUUUCCGGAUCCAUUUAUCCGUCAGCGAGCCGCGAAACACGUUCGGUUAUCCGUUGCCGACGAUCAACACUCCAAACAUUCCCGCGAAAUCCAAGUCGUUCGGUUAAACGAAAAGUUCGAUAUAUCGCGAUAAAAAUGCAUUUUCGAACCUAGUCGAACGUGUUGAACGACGAUCGGUAGCGUCCGUUUCCCGUCGACGACGAGUUAACACGUCGGACGUGUAAAACAAUCGGUAGAUCGUUCGCUGGAACGGCGGCCAGUUCAGUUGUCCGCGGGCACUUCGCGCGGCGUGUUAACUCGUCGACGGGUUGACACGUCGUCGGACACGUGCGCGACGAGUUAAUACGUCGGCGGUGGUUGCGAGUCGACGCGUCGGCGGGAACAGAGACACGACGAGCUGAUGCGUCGUCGGUGGACGAUUGGAGCGCGACGAGUUGACGCGUCGCGGUGGAAGUGAACGCGUGUGCGACGAAGCAAUCGCGACGCAUUAACUCGUCAACCGGCCGAACGGACACCGUGAAUCCGGCCGGCAAUUAGCUAACCCUUAAUUACUGCGGAUUGUCAGAACCGUCUAUUAGUGCGGUCGCCGGUCGCGGUUGUAUUAAUCCGUUGGUCGCAUAAAUCAGUCAUCGUUACGCGGCGGUGCGCGGCGAAUCAAUUUUCAUUAAUCCUUGAUCGUGGACCCGGCCGGUUUAAAUAGGUUUCGGCGGGAUCGCGCGAAAUAAUGAAUCGCGGGCCGCGACGCUGCCGGUAAUUAAAAAGACGGCUGAUUCUUGUUCGUCGCCGUGGGAUCGGGUAUAGGGGUCGAGAGUUUUCGGGUCGUGUGCGGCGAACACUGGGGCCGCGGAUUAAAAGGCGAAAUGCGAGUCGCGAGCGCGGACAGAAGGAUGGGACAGCCGCGUCUCGACGCUGAUUGUAUCUCGCAAGAAACGGGACUCGCCGUGGAAGAACUGAGCUAGAUAAUGUCUGCGCCGGAAGUGGACCCUGAGGAGGCCAGAAUGAUCGAGCACCGCGACGCGAUACUCUACGAGAUCCGCAGCAACGAGAGUUUUAUACGGAACGAAACUCUCCUGCAGAACGUAUCCUUGAUCGAGGACUACAUCUUCGACAGGACCGACGUCAGAGUGAUAUUCAUCACGCUCUACACCGUUGUGUUCGUCUGUUGCUUCUUCGGCAACCUGAUGGUGAUCUUUGUGGUGAGCUUCUCGCGCCGGCUUCGCAGCAUCACGAACUUCUUCUUGGCGAACCUGGCGGUGGCGGACUUGUGCGUGGGCGUGUUCUGCGUCUACCAGACGCUGACCAACUACCUGACGAACAGCUGGCAGCUGGGCAACUUCCUCUGCAAGGUCUACAUGUUCGUCCACGCGUUGUCCUACACCGCGAGUGUCCUGAUCCUGGUGUUGGUCUGCGUGGAACGGUAUUUAGCCAUCGUCUACCCGAUCAAAUGCAGGUCCGUGUUGACUAGACGACGUCUAAGGCUGGUGGUGGCCGUGGUGUGGCUGAUGGCGGCGGUCUACGCCUCGCCGAGGUUCUUCUACGUCGAGACGGUGAGCAACCGGUUGAUCACCGGGGACGUGGACAUCAUCUGCGUCGCGAACAUCAAGAAACACAACAAGAACGUCCUGGACGCGGUGAACCUGGUCUUCCUGUAUCUCGUGCCCCUAGGACUGAUGACAUGCCUGUACUCGAGGAUCGCCAUUGGACUGUGGAGAAGCGGGGCUACAUUAACUGCCCCUGGAAUGACCAGGAUCAGGCAUGACGGGGUCCAGCACGUGCGCAGCUCCAGCAGGAACGUCCUCAGGGACAGACGCGGCGUCAUCAGGAUGCUGAUCGCCGUCGUGAUGAUGUUCGCUGUCUGCAACCUGCCGCAGCAGGUGCGCAUCGUCUGGCGACACUGGGACUCCAGCUACGACAGGACCUCCGACUUCAGCACGCUGCUCACCCUGUCCACGUUCCUCAUCUCCUACACGAACUCCUGCCUGAACCCACUGCUCUACGCCUUCCUGUCCCGUAACUUCCGCAGGGGGGUUCGAGAACUCCUGCUCUGCCGCGGGACCAGGGGCAGAACUGUCAGCCUGGCCAUGGGCUGCACCAGGGACACCCAGAUGAGACACGAGAACGGCUUGAACACUGCCCAAGCGAACAGCUCUUUAAUCCGACUUAGCUCCACCCACGACAGUCCCCGGGUGUCCAGAACUGUCGCCAGACAGGCAACCAGCGAGAAGAUUUCCUGACCCGAGGCCACGGAGGCCUCGACGACCGACUGUGCCGAGACCGAGCUGACUUAGAGACGCCCAAAUUGAGGCGAACUUUGAGAGUUUUUUUUCGAGAAACUAGGUUGCGGAUCUUUGUGAAACAUUAGAGAUAAUUUGACUGGUGCUCGAGAGACACGCGGGAAUUUUUUCGUCUCGAGGAAGCCGCGGUGGUGAUGGGUGCAAAGAGGAUGGUAGAAGUGUUUCAAGUUGCUCAAGAUCGGUCCUUGUCAGUGAAGUGCUAGGAAAUUGGUGCGAUGUGAAACGUUUCGUAUGGAACUGUAGAUGGUGCUAGGAGGCGCGGGAGACCGCUGCACGCUCAGAAAUGCAAACGGCGGGUCUUUUUACGGUGCUCGCAAUAUUCGGGGCAAUCCUGAGCCGCCUAGUCCCCGGUGACAAGGAACUCGCAUUAAUUUCGGGCCGGCACGGCGUGGACAUUUGGCACCGGUACAAGUGAUUUCGCCGCGCAACUACCAUUCUCUUAGACAAUACUUUCCGUGGGACGAUCGCCGGUGGCGAGGAAAGACUGCGGAUAGAGUAAUAUGCUUCUAUUCGAAGCCGCAACGGGCCGAACGUGUUCUGCGGUUAUUCGAUACAUCGAUGCCGGCCGCCCGGAGGCACUUAUUGCAUUCUGGGAUGGGAAGUAACUUCGACCGACUGUGAAUGGGAACAAAGAGCAUCGACUGCGAACUCAUCGUUCCGCCUGCGGCCUCUCCGCGAACAC